AUGAAAUUUCCAAACAGGGUACAUAGGUCUGCACAUACUGCGGAGCUAGCAGGCUCAACUCCAUACACACUACCAUACGCUCAUACUCCAUGGACUGCCGAAGAGUUUAGUGCCAUUCGGCAACCACAAAUUCCGACUACGGCGAAGCAAGCAAGACAAUUAUUUACCAAGUUACUGGACAUUGUCUGCACUGGUCGACUCUCACGCCUCCUACUCUAUGACACAAUGAUGAUCCGGCAGAUUAGUAUUGACCUAAAUAUCACAUCAAAGCUUUAUUGGUGGUACAGAUACGAUGGACCUCUUCCUGGCAGAAACCCUACAGAAACCCCUACUAGAGGAUUCGGCAAAGAUGAGGCUUUGUUUCCACACUCUUCAGUACAUUAG